GCUGCUUAAAGAGCUGGAGAAACAAAAGGAAAAUGUUUCCUAUUUAAAUAUGCACAAAUAAAACAAUUUAAUGCCAUGGUGCAGAAAGUGAAGAGUCAGCAGUAUGUGUGCUGAGACGCGAGCUGCUACUCAGACAGCCUGAAGACGGCUGAAAGAAACUCAGAAGAAAGAUUUACCUCAACAGUGAAACUGGAGACUGAGAAAACAAAAAGGAGGGUCGUGGUGAAUCUGGAGCAUAUACCACCUGCCUGAGCUGCUGUUAUAGAAAAUAAAUCAACCACUGUGAAGUAAAGGUGAGGAAUAUAAGUCUGGACUUACAUACUGCAUACUGUACAAGAAUCAGCACAUUCCACCUACUUCAACAAGAAAUAUGACAGGAAGAUGAAACAGCCAACUUGACCUUGCUGACUGGCUUUUAUUGUAACACAGCCAUGGUGCAAAGGAGUGGCAUUAGUGUUUACACUGUACAUAGCAGCUCUCAAGUGGUGCGCUGCGUCACAGCAUGCCUGCACCUCUCGCUGCCUCGGAGGCGUGUUUGAAGGCAACCGCAAGUCUCUUCUUCACUUCCUUAAAGGCUGAGCGCUUGAACUGGAGGGAGGCGGAGCUGAACAGACUCGGCACAGGUGAUCUAUAAAGCUGAGCUCAGGCAGCUCUCACCUUUCAGUAAGUGUUUAGAGCUUGACAAUGGCAACUUCCUGCUUUCUAGCAUGGGUCCUCGUCCUCUCUGUGUCAUCUGUCCCAUCAGAUUGUUUGACUCUAAACGGCGUGAAGGUCCAUGAGGUGGUUCGUCCAAUCCGACUGCAUGACCUUCAUAAAAGAGGUUCAGAGUCCACCAGACCUACAACGGUGAAAUACGCCAUGACUCUGGGUGGAAAACCCAUCGAAAUGCAUCUCGAGAGAAAUGAUGAAUUUUUAGCUGAAGGCUACACAGAAACAUAUUACACAGAUGACGGGAUUCCUGUGGUAACUAAACCCCAAGAGCUGGAUCUUUGCUACUAUCAAGGGAAGAUCGCAAAUGACAGGAACUCAAUGGUUAGCGUGAGCACAUGUGAUGGGUUACGAGGUUACUUCCAAACAGCAGAGCAAAGUUACCUUAUCGAGCCCUUGCCCGAGGUCAGCAAUGGUGAUCAUGCGGUGCUGAAGUACGAGGAUGUGUCUGGUACUCCAGCAGUGUGUGGGGUCACAAAUACCAGCUGGGAUCCUGUUGCUCUUCCCCCUUAUACCAUGAAAUCGAAAUCACGUGCUUCUGGGCCAACAAUGUUCCAGCAACAAAAAUACAAUGAAAUCAUCCUGGUGGUGGAUAACAGAAUGUACAAGAAGAUGGACAGCAAUGACGAUAAAGUGAGAAACAGGAUCUUUGAGAUCGUCAACUUUGUUAAUGCUGUGUAUAAACCGCUGAACACCUUUAUCGCUCUGAUCGGUCUGGUAAUGUGGAAGGACUCUGACCAGAUUCAAGUGACCGCACCGGCUGGAGCGACGCUGGAUGCAUUUACCACAUGGAGGAAUAAACAGCUCUUGAAGAUACAGAAGCAUGACAAUGCUCAUCUGAUCACUGGAAUUGAUUUUGAAGGCUCGACGGUGGGAUUGGCGUUUAUUGGCACUCUGUGCACGGGUCAUUCAACCGGCGUCAUCCAGGACCAUAAUCCACGUGCUGUAGCCGUAGGCGCCACCUUGGCCCACGAGAUGGGACAUAACCUGGGUAUGAACCAUGACACCAGCUCAUGUGUGUGCACCGAGAGCAGCUGCAUCAUGACUGCUGCUCUCAGCUACACUAUCCCUCAGCUCUUCAGUAGCUGCAGCAUCAACAGCUUCGAGCAGUACCUGAACUCACGGAACCCUGAGUGUCUUCUCAACAAACCGCAAGCCUCAACCCUGCUCCAGCCUCCGAUUUGUGGCAACGGCUUCCGAGAAAGGGGAGAGGAAUGUGACUGUGGAUCUGUGACGGAGUGCACGAACCCAUGCUGCAAUGCCACCACAUGUACACUGACAAAGGGGUCUAUGUGUGGAGAAGGAGAGUGCUGUAUUGACUGUAAGAUUGCUGAUGCCACCGUGAUGUGUCGUCCCGAGCGCGAUGAAUGUGACCUCCCUGAAUAUUGUACGGGUAAUUCACCCACAUGCCCGGAAGAUGUCUUUGCUGUAAAUGGAUUGCAAUGCAAGAACGGCGAUGGCUACUGCUACAAUGGGCAGUGCCCUCGACAGCAAGACCAGUGCAUCAAAAUGUGGGGGCCAGGUGCUGUGGUAGGAGCUGACUUCUGCUACAACCAGAACACCAGGGGAACAUACUAUGCCUACUGUGCAUGGCCCAUCAAUGGAACAUAUAUAGGUUGCCAGAAACAGGAUAUAAUGUGUGGGAAGCUUUUCUGUGAUCAAGGCCAGAGCGACCCAAACUAUGGCCGUUUGGUCAUGUUCGCCAAUUGCAAAGCUACUUUCUACAGUGAGCCUGAGAGUGACAAUGGCCAAGUGGACACCGGAACAAAGUGUGGUGAUGAGAAGGUGUGUAGUCAGAACCAGUGUGUGAACUUAGAAGCUGCCUACAAGUCAACCAACUGCUCAGCCAAAUGCAGUGGCCAUGGGGUUUGUAAUCACAAGUUGGAAUGCAGUUGUGAACCUGGCUGGCAGCCACCUUACUGCGACAGGUAUACCACCACUGAAGGUGCAGGUUCUCGAACGCAUCUAGCCAUGCAAAUAGGCAUCGCAGUGGCAGUCUGCAUCUUGUUGGGGGCCAUUUUAAUUGGACUGAGUAUAUUUUUCCUGAAACGUAGAAAGAGUCAUCCACGCCAAACUGGUGUUCAGUUCCAAGAAUCUGUAAGCAACAUUUUCUCCAACCAGCAAAGAGCGAACAUUCCACAUCAGAUCCCGCCCACGGCAAUACGUCCCAAAGGCCCUCCACCACCACCACCUACAACUAAGCCAUCUGCCCCACCCUUGAUCCUGCAUUCAGACUUCAGAGCAGCGCACAAGGCUCUGAGACCAGUUCCACCUCCACCAAGGGCAUAAAAAAUGGACCCAAGUUGAGAGGGUUAUAUAGAACAAAUCCAGCACUGAGUAUGAUUUAAUUUUACAUGACCUAAUUAAGAAAAAUGAAUGCCUAAUUCCUGGAGAUCUGCCUUACACCAGAAUUAUCUGGUACUUUAUAGGACUCCAAGAGCAGUACCCUCUAGAGGCCAACAGAGGAACAACCUGUUACUGAAAUCUAACAAUAUGCACCUUAGUUCUAGACUUAACGACGUGAAAAUUAUAAAAACGUCUGAUUUUGUUCCAGAAAUAUUCUGGAGCAGGUUUGGCACUGAUAUUAAUCUCAAAUUCACACUGGAUGAGUCGCUUGCAUCAAACCUCAAGGUCAUUCCACAAUAAACACACCUUAGAGUUCCAGUUUUGAGAAAUCUAGCCUUCAAAUAUCAGUUAUCAGGAAGUGGCUUGCCAUAUCUGCUAGUUUUUCUUGGAUCCUUCUAUCAACCACAAUCAUGUAAAUCUCCCAAAGAGAUCUCUGUACAUUGCUGAGCCUGUGAUGUCCAUUGAACUCUGCUCAAACUUGACUCCAGUGCACUUCUGCUGUGACCUUUGUGGAUUGAAUCACUUGUUAAAAAAUGGAGUGGAAUAAUGUUUUAAGGCAGCAAAUUGUCUGACGUGAACUGCCCAUCAAUUUGUAAUACUAAACUCAGGGCAAAACCACACUUAACAGCACAAUAUCUUCCAUCAUUUCUUGUAAAUACUUCAUAAACAAAUUAUUUAUUUUCCUACUAGAGUGCCAUGAGUAUGAAUGUGAUGUUAUAGAUGUUACAGGACAUAUGUGUACAAUACAUGAGGCUGUAUUCAGAUUUUUUACAAUUUACUAAGAAAAAUGUAGCAAUAACUAAAAUACUUAAUAAAAAAAAAAAAACUUUCAUAUUAUGGUGCCUGAUGACGUCAAUCCUUUCUAACGUUCUAAAAGUUCUUCGGUUUUCAAGACACGUAAAAGCUUAAAAAAUCAUGAGUGUGGUAUUUUUGAUGUAUUUUAUGUCAUACAAUAAAACGUGAAAAUAUCUUGA